GCACACUCACUCCCCUCCCCUUUAUUAAAUACCCUCACGACGAUUUGGAUAUAAACCCUAAAACGCGUUCUCACUCAGAAAUCGAAAUCGAGUUUGCUGCGCGAAUAUGGAGCUUCGUUCUCGCAAUAAGCGCUCUCUUCCAUCCAACCAAGAGAAUCUCUACGAAGACGAAGUCGAUGAAACACAUGUUGCUAUAAUUUCUUCAGAUGACGAUUCAAACGACUCUGAGUUUCAAGGCGAUGAAGAGGAGGAUAAGGAAGAUGAUGAUGAUGAUGGUAAUGAUGAUUUACCAAAUCAUAUACCCGCCCCGGCUCCUCCCCCUGUCCCUGCUUUUGUGCCAUUGCCAUUGCCAUUGCCAUUGCCAAGAGGCAUUAAAAGGAAGAGCACACGUGUCACCAGAGAGAAAGGCACCCUCUUGUGGGAGAUUUGGGAGAAAGAGGAUCAGAGAUGGAUCACCGAACACAUGACAGAGGACGUCGACUUGAAUCAGCAGAACACAUUAAUCGCCGAAACCGCCGAGCCGCCUUCCGAUCUGAUCAUGCCCUUACUAAGGUACCAGAAGGAGUUCUUAGCGUGGGCUUCGAAGCAGGAGCAAUCAGUAAAGGGAGGCAUUCUUGCGGACGAGAUGGGGAUGGGGAAAACCAUACAAGCCAUCUCUCUCGUUCUCGCCAAGCGUGACGUCGACAGGGCGGCUGUUUGUAAAGAAGCGGUGGGGUGCACGCUUGUGCUUUGUCCUCUCGUUGCUGUCUCUCAGUGGUUGAGCGAGAUCGAGAGGUUUACAUCCCCCGGAAGCACCAAGGUGCUUGUGUACCAUGGGGCGAAGCGUGAGAAGAAUGCUGAAGAGUUCAAGAAGUAUGACUUUGUGUUGACGACUUAUUCGACCGUUGAGAAUGAGUUCAGGAAGUGCAUGAUGUCUCCCAAGGAGCAGUGUGAGUAUUGCAACAAGUCGUUUUAUCCUGCCAAGCUUAUUAUACACAAUAAGUAUUUUUGUGGGCCCCACGCUGUGAGAACGAGUAAACAGUCUAAGCAGCAGAAGAAGAAGGUCGCUACAGCGGCUGCUACGUCGUCCAAGCAAGGCAAGGAAGGUGAUGAAGGAGAAGGUAGCAAGACGAAGCGAUCCAGGAAGAAGAGUAAAAAAGCAUUAGAGGAAGAUCAGCUUGGUUCGGUGGAUAGAAAGAAGUCUCUUUUGCAUUCUAUUACGUGGAACCGGAUCAUUUUGGAUGAGGCUCAUUACAUCAAAGAAAGGCGUAGCAACACUGCGAGAGCUGUUUUUGCUUUGGAGGCUACCUAUAGAUGGGCUUUGAGUGGUACUCCGUUGCAGAAUCGUGUUGGAGAGCUUUACUCUCUGAUUCGCUUCCUGCAGAUUCGUCCAUACUCGUAUUACUUUUGCAAGGACUGUGACUGUAGAAUCCUUGAUUACACUGCGCAUGUAAGCUGCAGCAGCUGCACUCAUAAUGCAGUGCGGCAUUUCUGUUGGUGGAACAAGUAUGUGGCCAGACCAAUAACAGCAUAUGGAGGCCACGAAGUGGGUAAGAGAGCCAUGGUUUUGCUUAAACACAAAGUUCUGAAAGACAUCCUCAUAAGACGUACUAAGCUGGGCCGGGCAGCUGAUCUUGCCCUUCCUCCUAGAUUCAUCACAUUGAGGCGGGAUUCACUAGAUAUAAAAGAGUUUGAUUACUAUGAAUCACUAUACCAAAACAGCCAAGCGCAAUUUAAUACGUAUAUUGAGGCUGGGACAUUGAUGAAUAACUAUGCACAUAUAUUUGAUCUUCUCACUCGUCUGAGACAGGCUGUUGAUCAUCCAUACCUUGUGGUGUAUUCCGCUUCUAGUGGAGAAAACGCUAACUUGAAUAGUGAGAACAAAAAGGAGCAAGAGUGCGGUCUCUGCCACGAACCGGCUGAGGACAGUGUUGUAACUUCCUGUGCACACGUGUUCUGUAAAGCUUGUUUGAUUGAUUUCUCUGCAUCCCUGGGACAAGUCAGCUGCCCGACAUGCUCAAAACUACUGACUGUGGAUUGGACUACCAAAGCUGGCACAGAGCAACAUGCAAACAAGACAACACUAAAAGGAUUUAGAGCCUCAAGCAUCUUAAAUCGGAUAAAGCUCGAUGAUUUUCAGACAAGUACAAAAAUAGAGGCUUUGAGGGAAGAAAUAAGGUUCAUGAUUGAAAGAGAUGGGUCUGCUAAAGCAAUAGUUUUCAGCCAGUUCACAUCCUUUUUGGAUCUGAUAAAUUACACCCUCGGGAAGUGUGGGGUUGGUUGCGCUCAACUGGUGGGAAGCAUGUCCAUGGCAGCUAGAGAUGCUGCCAUCAAUAAAUUCAAAGAAGAUCCAGAUUGCAGAGUUUUCUUAAUGAGUUUGAAAGCUGGAGGAGUUGCUCUCAACCUAACAGUCGCCUCACAUGUGUUCAUGAUGGACCCGUGGUGGAACCCAGCGGUUGAGAAGCAAGCGCAGGACAGAAUACAUAGGAUCGGACAGUACAAGCCGAUCAGGGUUGUGAGAUUCAUAAUAGAGAACACAGUGGAGGAAAGGAUCCUUAAGCUUCAAAAGAAGAAGGAACUUGUGUUUGAAGGGACCGUUGGUGGUUCUCAGGAAGCCAUAGGAAAGUUGACCGCAGAAGACAUGAGGUUUCUGUUUACCACCUAACUUAAUCUAGUAACAACAAAAAGUAUUCGUGUGUAUAAAUUAAUCAUAAGAUAUGCUACCGUAAACCCGUUUUCACCUUUGUUUUAUCUAAGACAUUUGAUGAUGUAGCCAUUGAUGAUAGUCUCUUGCAAGGAAUGUGUUUUAAUAGUUGAA